UCUUCCUCUAAGCUCAGUUUUCUAUCGAUCGACAAACGGUACGGACGUGUAGUCUUAACUUGUAGAAACAGCAGAACUCGUAGCAUUAACCAUGGGCAAAUCAUCCUUAACCAUUCUUCUGCUUGUCGGCGCGAUAGCGAUUGUCCAUACGGAAGUAAUUAGCUUUGAAAAUUGUAACGAAAGUGUGAAAUGUACGGUUCACGAGGUACGCGUAGAUCCGUGUCCGGAAUCGACCCAGAAUAAACCAUGCGUGAUGGUCAGGGGCUCCAAUGCGACGAUCUCUUUCGAUUACACACCGGAAUUCAAUGCCGAAGCUGCUGUGGCCAAGGCAUUCUGGACGCAAACAGCCGCGGACCUCCCAUUUGUCGGAUUGGACAAUGAAGGAUGCAAGUACACCCCGUGUCCGAUCGCCGAGGGACAACGGCAGAGCUACUCGUAUAAUCUAACCAUCAUGAAGACGUACCCUCUCCGAACGUACAAAGUCAAAUGGGAACUGAUGAACGAGGCCAAUGAGAUGUGCUGCUUUAUAAUUGAUGUUUCUAUCAAAUCCAAAAAGGGUCGCACUCGUAACUAGUUUGUGGUAUUGCUGUAUGAUUGAGAAAAUAUA